CCCAGUGUAUUGAAGGACUAUCUGCUCCAUAAUGCCCCGGAGUAUCGGCGGCUGGACGCGUUGCGGCAAAAGGUAUGCUCUUCCCAAACUCCAUUCUCGUAAACUCUUGUUCCAAGCCUGAACGAGUGUGUGUCAUCUUUGAUCUUUCAAGUCUUACACGUGGUUCAUACCGCUAGGGAUGGGAGAACAAGGCUGGAGAUGUAUUCUUCCAACAGCAGAGACAGCGAGCGGAUCAUCCAGAUAAACAAACGAUUACGUUUUUCUAUAAGAUGAUGAAGGGGAUUGCAAAAGAGAUGAACUCGACGACUGGCGGCGCGCUCCGCGUCCACACGAGAAGACCAGAUAAACCGCAGAUUCUAGACUUCUGUACGGCUCCGGGUGGGUUCCUCGAAUCGGCCAUCAAGAUUAAUUUUGGGGCUAGAGCCACGGCGUUCAGCUUGCCGCCCACCCAGGGAGGACAUGAGAUCAUCAUGCCGCUAGAUUCCAGCGUGGUGUUCAAGUAUGCGGACGUCACCAUGUUCGCUGGAGACAUGGGUUACACGGACGUGCCAACAGAGAACCCUGAUGCUGAGAAAUUUGUGUUGGAGCGUAGCGUUCACCCUGAGCAGCGCUUCCAUCUCAUCUUCUGCGACGGGCAGGUUCUGAGAACCCAUGUCCGCGCUGCCUAUCGGGAGCGGUGGGAGGCGCGGCGUCUGACAGCUACACAGCUCGCCAUUGGGCUCGAACACGUCUCGCCUGGCGGAACCAUGGUGGUGCUUUUGCAUAAGCUAGAUGCCCCCGACACUGCGAGCUUGCUGUACACGUUUAGCAAGUUCUCUACUAUCCAGCUCUUUAAGCCGAAGAAGGCUCAUGCGAAGAGAUCCUCGUUCUACAUGGUUGCCAGGGAUAUCCAUAACGAUUUGCCGCAGGCAAGGGAGGCCAUCGAAGCGUGGAAGCUCAUGUGGAAGAUUCUGACUUUUGCUCCCGAUGAAGAUCGCUGGAAGGCGGCGGAUGGUCACAUGGAUGAACAACUGCUGGUGGAGCAGUUUGGGCCAGACCUUGUAAGGCUCGGGAGGAGCAUUUGGGAGAUUCAGGCCGAAGCUCUCGAGAAAGCGCCGUUCAUGCAGGCCGGGCAGAAUUGAGGAUCGAAAGAACGGGCUGAAGAUCCUCCUUGGUUAAUACAGGCAGUGUAUGUGGUCAGCUGCAGAAUGGAUGGCAAACCGGUAUUGAAUGACACAGGUAGCGAGCUGUGAUGCUCUACUGCUAGCUCUACAUGGCCAAGAGAAAGUUUCUUCUGACUUCGCUUCGCCUCGCCUCGGCGUCCCUUGUACGGAGUACAGCAUUCGCUACAUUAGCAAACUUUUUGAUUAGGCCAAGCCACGUCCCGAUUUAGGUCGUCGGGUCCGUGAAGCUUCCUGUAACGGGCAUGGCAACAGCCGAGGCUGGUUAGGUCGCCUGCGGUGAG